GGACACUGGCCGUGAGGAUGGCGCUGUGGAUGGCGACGCUGGCACUUGUUGGGGCGCUGGCAGAGGUCGAUUCCAAUGUGACCUCGGGCCUGAAAGUACGAAGGAACCAGGCAGUGGUGACCAUUCUCCACCUGAGUGACACGCAUAGCCUCCACCGUUCCAUGGCUGACCUGCCGAGUGCCGACAUCCUGAUCCACUCCGGGGACGUGGCCAAAGUGGGCUCGGAGAGCGAGUUGGGGGACUUCAACCAGUGGCUGUGGAGCAUCCAGCACAAGUUCCGCCACAUCCUGGUGAUCUCAGGAAACCACGAUUAUUGGGACACCAAUUGGCGUUUGAAUCGCGGAGAAGUGGCCGCGGCUGAAGCUCAUCACCCAAACUACUUGCAGAGGAAGGUGACCAAUGCACGGGUUCUCAACCACGAGCUGGUCACGGUGAUGGGUCUCAAGAUUUGGGGUGCUGGCUGGCACCCCAGGCGUGGUGACAGCAUGUCGGGGAACAACUACAGCGACGUCCCAGAGGAGGUGGACGUCCUGGUGACCCACGAAGCCGCCUUCGGCAUCUUUGACUUGACAGGUGGUGGACAUUGGGGUUCCAGCCAAGAGCUGCUAAAGGCCAUCUAUCGAGUGAAACCCAAGGUGCAUUUGUUUGGACAUAUCCAUGAACAACGGGGCCAUUGGAACAAGGCCGGCGACCGUUUCGAAGGUGGCGUGGAAUAUCAGCCGAAGCCUGGCGCCAACCAGGUCUUUCGACAGAAUGGGCCGCCACCAAGCGACUACCCCGUAGAGGUCGAGUCCAACAAUGCCAUGGCCAAUCAGCCGGUGGUGGAUCAUAGCUGGACAGGUGUAUGGGCACCACAGCACAUUGCUGGUCGUCCGCGAUUGAUUACUGCUCGAAGACAGGGAGAUGGUUGGCACUUCACAUCCUCGAUUCCGUGAGGUUUUAACUCACUCUUAAGCAAACCAAGUACGACUUUCAAAUGUGUUGGACAGAGCGCCUGUUUUCCAUGUUCGUCUCACAAAGGGGCCGAGCAUUCUUAAUUAUUUUGCAUUGAACUGCAAACCGUGCCAGUUUUUGGGUGCUGACUGCGGCAAAGCGCUUGUCGCACGCAGUUCACCCUCAGGAGCUGUGUAGCAGCUAGAACCCGCACCAGACUGCUAGGUUUAACUUGGGGGCUAUCUGUGCUGCUUGAAACAGCCGCGUUCCAAUUCGAUCCUUGCAAUGGAAUGAGCCAACUGGGGUGGCCACUCCGCCCAAUUUGGGGCAAGGAACUUGGGCUGCAAGGGUCAGCUAUUCUUUGUGCUGCAAGAAGCAGCUGAGCUAGUAUCGCUUGGCC